AUGAACAAUUUAAAUACCACUGCCAGCUACCUCACCGAUAUCACGUUCCGGUCAAUUCAUUCAGAAUUUAAAAAAUCACUGACUUGCUUUGUUGUUAAAGAAAUAACCGAUCUCGUACCCAACGAACCGGUUCCGAGGAACCGACUAAAUAUUCCGAAGCAACUCAAAUUAGCAGAUCCACAUUUUGAAAAACCAGCAUCCGUAGACAUGCUAAUCGGAUCCGGUCCCACUUUAUCAAUACUCUGCCCCGGACAACUAAAGAUACUCAACAACGAUAAUCUAAUUUUACAAAAAACCAAACUCGGCUGGAUCCUGGGCGGAAAUCUAGAAUCAACUUACUUAUCGAAAUCGUCUCGUUGCCUUGUCACUAGUUUACCUUUCGACUUAGAGCGAUUUUGGAGAUUAGAGGAGAAGCUCGACGAGGAACGCACAUUGUCAAAGGACGAGUUAUAUUGUGAAGAACACUUCAUAACUCACGUAAAACGCAGUAAAGAUGGCAGAUACAUCGUCGCAUUGCCGUUCGAUAAGAUGAAGGGUAAAUUAGGCAAUUCCAAGCAAACGGCGUUGAAACAACUAUUAUAUUUGAGAAAAAGAUUUCAACGAGAUCACGAGUACAAACGCGAAUAUACAAAGGUCAUCGAAGAAUAUCUAAAAUUAGGCCACAUGACCCUCGUAGAGAGACCAUCGGAGACGACGGAUUUUAUUUGCCACACCACGGAGUUCCUAAACUCGAUAGUCUGA